UGAAAAUGAAAAUUAUAAUUCUUCUUGGACUUCUGGGAGCCACAUUGUCAGCCCCGCUUAUCCCACAGCCCCUUAUGUCUGCAAGCAACAGCCAUGAGUUACUUAUGAAUCUUAAGAAUGCUCAACUUGUACCACUACAGCUUCAGGUCCCAUUUAAUUCAUGGAUUCCUCCUUUCUCUGGGGUUCUACAACCGCAACAACAGGCUCAACUUCCAGAACUCUCCCAGUUCUAUUUACCAACUCUAGAUCAGUUGGCUAGACUGUUCCCCAAUCAGAUACCUUUCCCAGGACAGGUCAGUUUUGCCCAAGGAGCCCAGGCAGGCCAGCUGGACCCUGCACAGCCCCAAACACCACCACUAACACAACAAGUCCCUAAUCAGGUGGUGCCCUAUGUAUUUUCCUUCAAAAUGCCUCAAGAGCAAGCACAGAUGUCUCAGUACUAUCCGUUUUACAUGCUCCUACCCUGGGAACAACCUCAACAAACAGUCACACAAUCACCUCAACAACCAGGGCAGCAACAAUAUGAGGAGCAGAUACCAUUCUAUACUCAAUUUGGAUACAUUCAGCAACAAGCAGAACCUGCUAUACCAGGAGGACAGCAGCAACUAGCUUUUGAUCCCGUCUUAGGCAUAGCUCCUGAAAUAGCUGUGAUGCCAGCAGGAGUGAUGCCACACUUACAAAAAGAAGUGAAAAACUUUAGGCAUAACAAUGAAGGAGUUUUCAUGCCUUCAACUUCACCAAAACCCAUCACAACCAAAGUUUUCACUUCUGAUGUAAACCCAACUAUUACCCCAGAGCUCCUGGAAGAGAAGACCAAGACUGAUAAACUGAAAGAACCAUAAGAUGUCCUAAUCGUUCGGUGUUCUUGAGAAAAAGAUGUGGUGAUGCUUUGGAUAUUAUUUCAGGCUAUUUGUUU